AUGCAUAAACAGGCAGCGGCGGCGGCGGCGGCAGUGGUGUGUCUCCUCCUCACGGCGGCGGCGGCAGUGGAUGAGUUUGACGAGUGGGAGGCUAUGACUAUGGCUCCGGCGCAACCGCCGGUGAUGGAUUGGUCGAAAUAUUGUGUCGAGAAUUGUGAUCGGCGAUGCAGCAAUGCCGGAUAUCGGGAGCGGUGCCUUCAGUAUUGCGGGAUCUGUUGCGACAAGUGUCAUUGCGUGCCGCCGGGGACCUUCGGGAAUAAGGAUGCUUGCCCUUGUUAUCGGGAUUUCAAGAACUCGAAGGGCGGCCCUAAAUGCCCUUAG